AUGUUCAUCGGUGGCCUGAACUGGGAGACUACUGACCAGUCCCUCAAGGAGUACUUUUCGCAGUUCGGUGAGGUUGCCGAAUGCACCGUCAUGCGCGAUGGCGCUACCGGUCGUUCGCGUGGUUUCGGUUUCCUCACCUUCAAGGACCCCAAGACCGUCAACAUUGUCAUGGUCAAGGAGCACUACCUUGAUGGUAAGAUCAUUGACCCGAAGCGCGCCAUUCCCCGUGAGGAGCAAGAGAGGACGAGUAAGAUCUUCGUCGGCGGUGUCAGCCAGGAAGCCACCGAGCAAGACUUCAAGCAGUUUUUCAUGCAGUUUGGUCGUGUCAUCGAUGCCACUCUUAUGAUGGACAAGGACACCGGUCGUCCCAGAGGUUUCGGUUUCGUCACGUUCGACGGCGAUGCUGCAGUCGACGCCACCCUCCAAGGCCCUCUCGAGAUUCUUGGCAAGCCCAUUGAAGUGAAGCGUGCGCAACCCCGUGGAAACCUCAAGGAUGGUGAGGACGACCGCGGCGGCAAGUUUGGCCGGCGCAACGACAAGUUUGGCAACCGGGGUGACAACUUUGACAACCAACAAAACCAGCAACAGGGUGCUGGUGGCAUGCAAAACGGCAUGAGCCCUGCGAUGAUGGCUCAGUACUGGCAGCGCAUGCAGCAAUAUUUCGCCAUGAUGCAGCAGCAGAUGUCCGCCAACAUAAACCCCGGUGCCGCUCCCAUGGCCAACCCUAUGAUGGGCGGACAGAUGAACCCCGCCAUGAUGCAGCAGAUGAUGGCCAUGCAGAUGAACCGCGCCAACACCAUGUCCCCGACCGGCAGCCCCGCUCCCGGCACUCCUAUGCAAGGCGCCAUGAACCCCGCCAUGAUGCAGCAAAUGGCACAGCAACAGGGCCAGCAAGGCGGCAUGGGCAGCCCAGGCUUCCAGCAGCCCGGCAACUUCCAGGGCAACGCCGGCGCCGCUGGCCCUGCGGCCAUGAUGGCCAACGCGAACCGACCCGGCUUCAACGCGCAGGAGCAACUCAUGUUCGAACAGCAAAAGUAUGAGCAGCAGCAGGCGCGCCGCAUGCAGCAGGGCGCGUACGGCCAGACGGGCUACAACCAGGGCGGUCCCACCUCCUGGGAAGGCAUGUACGACGAUGUGCCGGCGCCCAACAUGCCCGCAGCUGGAGGCGGCGCGCCGCGCGGCGGUAGCUUCAACAGGGGCGCCAUGGGCCGCGGGGGAAUGGCUCGCGGUGGUGGAGCCGGUACGCCUGCCGGCCCCGCUGGCCAGCCCAGCAACGCCCCGGCGAAUGCGCCUACGGGCCCUAAGAAUGCGGGCAAGCCUGGUGCGAACUACCGCGGUGGCGGACGCGGCGCACACAGAGGUUUCCAUCCGUAUGCGCGGAAUGGUUGA